AUGGAAGAGAAAAAAAAACAAAUUUUACCUCUGUUAAAAGACGGCGAAUAUACAACAAUAACAGAAUCACCGUCGAGAGCCGAAGACGAAUUUUGGUCUAUUUUGAGAAGAAUAAAAGAUUCAAAUGAGUCAUUUCUCCCAUUCGUUCAAUGUUCAAUAUGCAAUCAAUUGUUAACCUAUAAACCUCAAAACGGGACCACAACUAUUAGUGGGCAUGUUGCGAACGGUUUGAAAAGUUCAGCAGUUAAAACAACAACAAAUUCGACUGAUAAAUAUAUGAAGAAAGAUUUGAAAGUUACUCCAGAUGAAAAACGUUCGAUUACAAUAGCAUGUGCAAAAUAUCGUGCAUUUGAUAUGCGAUUAUUUAAUAGUGUGGAAGAUAAAUCUUUGUCGUUUCAGUUAUUAUGUAAAUCAUUAGUCGAACUUGGUUAUUCUUAUGGCACUGCCAAAAUUGGCAUUCCAACAGCAGCAGCACUGUUACCUGAUCCCACAAAUAUAUCACGUACAAUUAAACAACUCAGCGAAGAAUAUCGUUUGAAACUCAAAGAAAUUGUUCAAGCUAAUUUGAAAACUGUUAGAUUAAUUGGAAUUUCCACCGAUUACUGGAAAAAUAUCUAUACAUCCGAUAACUAUCUGACCGUUAAUUUGCAUUACACAAAGGAUGAUAAACCAAUUACGUUCAUGCUAAAAAGGAUGUGGGAUAGCAUUUGUGAAAUGUUAGAUCCGGUUAAUCAAAAUAUGAAAAAAUGUGAAGAGUUAUUAGAUGAACGAAAGGAAAGUCGUUUUUUGGAUUCAAUUGAUGACAGACUUGUUAAAGAUUUAGCUGAUUUCUUAUCAUCCUUUAAAACAUGUAGUGAACAAUUAUCAGCAGAUACAGAACCAACGUUAUAUCUUGUUGUGCCAUGGACUAGAAAACUGAGACUAUUUUGUGAAGACAAAAGGAGUGAUUUACUAUAUAUUGUACAAUUAAAGAAAAGCGUUUUGGAAAAAUUAGAGGAUAAAAUGCGGCUAACACAUUUACAUUACAUCGCCACAUUUCUUCAUCCUGUUACAAAAAAUCUUUUGGUACUAAGUGAGGAAGAACGUCAGAAUGUAUACAGCGAUACAAGGAAAAUGUUGGAAACAGUUGGUAUUAUCCCACAGCAACAACAAAGAAAAAUAAUACAAAAAAGCAUAAACGCGAAUUUAUCACACGAAAUAUUUUGUCAGUAUUCUUUGUUUCAUCAAACGAUAGAUUUAUAGGUCAUUACAAGGAUUAUGAAAAUUCUUUGCUUCAAAACUUGUGUGUUGUCGAUCAAAUACGUUUCCUUAAC